CAGUUCUGGAGUUGUCCAGGUGAUAGUGAGCAGGAAUAGUGAAGAUGGCCUCCCAAGUGUGUCAGAACUACCACAAGGACUGUGAGGAUGCUGUUAACAAGCAGAUCAACCUGGAGCUCUAUUCCUCCUAUGUUUAUCUCUCUAUGUCCUCUUACUUUGACCGGGAUGAUGUUGCCCUGCGUCACUUUGCUGAGUUCUUCAAGGAGCAGUCCCAUGAGGAACGGGAACACGCUGAGAAACUGAUGGCAUUCCAGAAUAAACGUGGAGGCAGAGUCCUCCUGCAGGAUGUCCAGAAGCCAGAGCAGGAUGAGUGGGGCAAUGGUCUGGAGGCAAUGCAGAGAGCUCUGCAGAUGGAGAAGGAUGUGAACCAGAGUCUGCUGGAUCUGCACAAACUCUCCUCUGGCCACACAGACCCUCAU